UCCUCUCUGUAGUGUGGAUCCAGACUCUCCGUUGACGGCCUUGAUUGAGUCGUUGAAUCUGGACAAAAGGUUUUCAUCGUGACAGCCAACCAUGGACAGGAACAGGAAGUGGGUGCCGGGUUUCGGAGCAGUGCUAUUGACACUCUUGAGUCACAUGACCUCGGCGCUGGAAGUGCCUCUUGAUCCUAAAGUACUGGAAGGAUUGCCCCAACCCCCCACUAUAACGCUACAGUCCCCGAAGGAUUACAUCUUUGAUCCGCGGGAGAACAUUGUCAUCCACUGUGAGGCCAAAGGGAAGCCUCAUCCCAGCUUCUCAUGGACAAGAAAUGGGACCCACUUUGAUGAAGAGAAAGACCCCAAAGUCCUGAUGAAGCCCAGCUCAGGAACUCUGGUCAUCGACAUCAGCGGGGAGAAGGCCGAGGCCUACGAGGGAACGUACCAGUGCGUGGCACACAACGAGCACGGCACCGCGGUGUCCAACAGCAUCGUCAUCAGGCAGUCCAGGUCCCCCUUGUGGUCGAAGGAGAGGAAUGAGGCCAUCGUGGUGCAGAUGGGGGUCUCCCUGGUGCUGCAGUGCCGACCCCCUGCUGGGCUGCCCCCUCCGGUCAUCUUCUGGAUGGAUAACAACUUCCAGAGGCUCCAGCUGGAUAAGCGUGUGUCCCAGGCUCUGAAUGGAGACUUGUACUUCUCCAACGUUCUCCCAGAAGACACCAGGAGCGACUACAUCUGCUACGCACGCUUCCCUCACACACAAACCAUCCAGCAGAAGCAGCCCAUCUCCGUCACCGUGCUGGACAAAAGCCCAGAGGGGGAGCGCCGCCCCGGGUUCAUGACGCCUUUUGGUGCCACCAGCACCGAGAUGGUUCUGAGAGGAGAGACUCUGGAGCUGGAGUGCAUUGCUGACGGCCUGCCCACUCCAGAGAUCUCCUGGCAGAAGGACGGAGGAGAGCUGCCCAGCACCAGGACGUCCUUCUAUAACUUUAAGAGAACCCUCAAGGUUUCUGAGGUGAAUGAAGCUGACGGGGGAGAUUACCGCUGCACCGCCACAAACAACCUGGGCACUGCUUUCCACAUCAUUAAAGUCACCGUCAAAGCGGCUCCUUUCUGGGUCAGCGCCCCCAGGAACCUGAUCCUCGCCCCGAACGAGACCGGCAUCCUGACCUGUCGAGUCAACGGAGAACCCAAACCCAAGAUCAGCUGGUUUGUCAACGGAGUCCCCAUAGAGAACGCACCUGAGGACCACAGUAGGAAGGUGGAUGAUGACACUGUGAUUCUUAGCAACGUGCAAUCAGGGUCCAGCUUUGGCUCGCCAAUACCAACCAUCACAUGGUUUAAAGACAGUCAGACCAGCGUUAAGAAUGGCGACCCUUAUGUGAUCCAUGAGAACGGUACGUUGGAUAUCCAUGUGGCCCAGCCAUUAAACAGCGGGAAGUACACCUGCAUAGCCACCAACAGCCUGGGGAUCAAAGAGAACCACGUCUUCCUGGAGGUUAAAGAGCCCACCCGUAUCCUGAUGCAGCCGGAGUACAAGGUAGUGCAGAGAGGAAUGAGCGCUGUGUUCGAGUGUAAAGUCAAACACGACCCCUCCCUCAUCCCCACCAUGACCUGGCUCAAGGACAAUACAGAAGUGUCUAAAGAUGAGAGGUUUCAGGUGGACGUGGACAGUCUGACUAUCACAGACGUUGAAGAUGAAGAUGAGGGCACCUACACCUGCAUCAUGAACACCACCCUGGACCAGGACUCAGCCAGUGCCAUGCUGACGGUCGUAGAGGCUACUCCUACUCCAGCUAUUGUCUACGAGAGUCCCGACGCCCCCACUGACCUGGAGCUGACGGACCAGACAGCGAGGAGCGUUCAGCUCACCUGGACGCCCGGAAACGAACACAACAGUCCCACAGAGA